AUGUCAGCUCAAGCAACCCGAGCCUUGCAGCUGAAGAUUCGUCGCAUCGUCUGGACGGGCGCGAUUGCUUCUGUGACGGCUAUGGGCGCGUGGUAUGGCGCUGGCCUUAAGAUUCAGAGCGAGGAGAAGAAGAUCAUGAAAGAAAGACUCGAAGCUACGCCAGCGGAAAAGAUUAAAUUGCUGGAGCAACAGAGGAUCGAGUUGUUGACUAAGAGACAUGGGAUUGAGAAGAAGAUUAGGCAGUUGGAGAUGAGGGGGGCGGGGGCGACGAGGGCGGAGAGUAUGGCGGGGAUGGAGAGAAAGAGGGGGGAGUGA